UGAGACGUCAAACUAAAAUUCAGACAAGUCGCUGAUGAUGUGUUUAAUUCAGCGAAAUAACUGAAAAAGCCUGCUAAUUAGUUUCUUACUAUGUUUCUACUUUACUGCUAGUGUGUAAAUUGACGUAGAAAUGAAUUUCAAUGCUUCGAGAAAUGUGGGUCAGGCCGGGGGUCUGCGGAAGGCGAAGCGGGUGAGCGACGUGGCGGCGAUGGGGGCUCCGGCGCCGCAGCCACCGGCGUACAGCCCGGCGCCCGGCUUCAGCCCCGCGCCGUCCUACAGCCCGACGUUUGGCGCGCCGCCGCACCAGGAGGGCAUUCAGCUCGACGCUGGACAGGACUUCGGCGCGCCACAGCAGCCACCUAAUUAUGGUUACAUGGGAGGAUACCCGCAAUCUCCGAUGGCUGCCAUGGCCUCACCAGGUCAGAUUGGCUCCAUGUUGCAACAACCUGUUGUGCAGGACAUGGCGCUGCAGUACGGCAACCAGCUAGCGGCGGCGGGACGUGAGGCCGUGCAGCGCGAAAUAGGCCGCUACGUGCCGGUCGCGCGGCUGCGGUACUACUUCGCGGUUGAUACCCGCUACGUGCUACGGAAGCUCAUGCUCAUACUGUUCCCCUACACGCACAAGGAGUGGAUGGUAAAAUACGACCAAGAGAGCCCCGUCCAACCACGCUACGACUUGAACGCACCAGACCUGUACCUGCCGGCCAUGGGCUACGUCACCUACGUACUGUUGGCCGGAUUCAUGCUGGGCCUCCAGCACCGCUUCUCCCCCGAACAAAUCGGCAUGCAGGCGUCGAGCGCGCUCGCCUACAUCGUGUUCGAGAUGCUGGUGUACACCGUGACGCUGUACGUCACGCACACGCACACCAGCCUGCGCACGCUGGACCUGCUGGCCUACUCCGGGUACAAGUACACCGCCAUGAUAGCCGGCCUGCUGGCCGCGCUGCUCGCGGGCCGGACCGGGUACUACAGCGUGCUGGCCUACUGUAGUGUCGCUCUGUCAUACUUCUUGGUGAAGACGCUCCGCGUGCAGGUGCUCGCGGGCGCGGGCGCGGCGCCCUCGCCCCCCGCGGCCGCGGCGCCCUACGGCUACGGCGCGCCCUACGCCGGCGCCCACAACCCCUACGCCGAUUCCUACAAGCCCGCCGGGGGUACCAAGCGCCGCGUAUACUUCCUGCUGUUCGUGGCCAUCACGCAACCGUUACUGUGCUGGUGGCUCACCUACCAUCUAGUGCCCGCUCCGGUGCCCGUGGCGACGCGAUAG